CCAAAGGAAAACUCCACAUUCCCACCCAGUCCAAGAGUUGAAACAGUAUCGGAGGGCGAGAGCCUUUCUCUCCAGCUACAGACUCCAUCUCCCAGGAGCAAGGAGGAACUCCGCGGGGGGGAGGGGGGCAACAGAGCCCACGUCCUGCCAGAGCCUGGAAGCAGCUCCGGCCAGUGACUCCGCCAGGAAAAAGCCGGCUGAGCUCCAGGAGCACAGCGCGAAGGUGCAUCGUGCGCUCUGCAGCCUUGCUUCCCAGGCGCGGGUGUCACAGCCACAUGAAGCCUGCUGGGGAGGGAGGGCCAGGGUGCAGCAAGCCGAUUGGGACCGAGGCUGACGUCGUCUCAGGGAGGCUCUGACUCCCAAGGGGACCCCCUUCCUCUUGCCUGGGUGAAAAAUCUUCUUCAGGGGUCCCCGGUCAUCCUAGAUAUCCAGGAUGGUGUUUCUGAAGUUCCUCUGGGUGGGUUUCUUCUGCCGCCUGUGCCAGGGCUACUUUGAUGGCCCUCUCUACCCGGAGAUGUCCAAUGGGACUCUGCACCACUACUUCGUGCCCGAUGGGGACUAUGAGGAGAACGACGACCCCGAGAAAUGCCAGCUGCUCUUCAGGGUGAGUGACCACCACCGGCGCUGCUCCCAAGGGGAGGGGAACCCUGCCAGCGGUCUGCUGAGCCUCACCCUGCGGGAGGAGUUCACCGUGCUGGGCCGCCAGGUGGAGGACGCUGGGCGCGUGCUAGAGGGCAUCGGUAAGAGCAUCUCCUACGACCUGGACGGGGAAGAGAGCUACGGCAAGUACCUGCGGCGGGAGUCCCACCAGAUCGGGGAUGCCUACUCCAACUCGGACAAGUCCCUCACUGAGCUGGAAAGCAAGUUCAAGCAGGGCCAGGAACAGGACAGCCGGCAAGAGAGCAGGCUCAACGAGGACUUCUUGGGGAUGCUGGUCCACACCAGGUCCCUGCUGAAGGAGACGCUGGACAUCUCUGUGGGGCUCAGGGACAAAUAUGAGCUGCUGGCUCUCACCAUCAGGAGCCAUGGGACCCGACUAGGUCGACUGAAGAAUGAUUAUCUGAAAGUGUAGGUGGAAGGCAUACCUCCUGGAGAGGGCAUCGAGUAAGACCCCUUGUAGAGGGUGGGAGACAGAAGAUGGGGCUAAUAUUUCCCUUAUUCUUAUUAUUUUUUUAUAUCUGGAUUUGCACUUGGAGAAUAAUCUGACAUGAUCUUUUAAAAGGAAGAAGUGAGAGUUGAGUGAUGCGGAUUUUGUACUUUAUUUAUGUUAUUGCUAUUGAUUUAUUAUCUGGAAAGAAUUUAAAGCCAUGCCUCCCACAUUUCCUGAAGGGUUUAUAACUGCAGAGACACCUGUUUCAUUCAUAUCUAGAAGGACACAGUUGAUGCAGUAGGGACGGAUUAAACUUCCCUACCCUGGAGAUUAUGUGAAAUCAUCCAGGAAACAUAAGGCAUAGCUCCGUUCCACCCUCAGCCUUCUCUCUUGGGCUCUGCAAGCUGUCAAAAUUGCCUGUUAUCAGAUGAGGUCCAAGGCGCUGCUCUGCAGGCUUGCCAGAGGAUGGAAGUUUCUCCUUCUCCUUUUCUCUUUUAUUUAUUAACCAUGGUCUCCAAGGUUUUGUUUUUAGCUUUUUGUUUAUUUUGUGGGUUUUUUGUUUUUGUUUUUAUAUUUGUUUUGGUAAGAGUACUGGCUAAAAAUUGUAAACAAAUCAUCCUUUACAGGGAGAUGUCUGAGGUGUCUCUUUGGGUGUGUGUACGUUAAAAUGGCCACAUUUAAGAAGUCUAAGCUAGCUUUGUGGUGGUUACACACCCAUGUUGAUAUGCUGAGUUUCUAUGUCGCUCAUUGUGUCUGUAGCACUGUGUCAUCAGUGCUACAGCCCAUUACAAAGAAAUAGGUUGUUUGAACACACUCUCAAAUGCCUAGGAUUUAAAUUACCAAUGUUUUGUUUCUCAUUUGGGGGUUUUGCUUCUGUUUGCUUAUUGGAAACUUGUACUUUAAGUAGAGGGAAUUCUAAAUCUAGUAACACCUUAAUUAAGUUCUAUUACUCAGCCAAUAAAUACGCUCUUAUAAUACUGGCUUAUUUUCUCAUUUGUAUCCAUAACUUUCAUAUUGUAAAUAGGAGCCAAUGCAAAAGGAAAGGAAAGGAUGGGAUUUAAGCCACUUUACUUGGAGUAGAGGUAAAGGUGGCAGAGAGAUAGCUACAUAUUUGACAAUCCUCCCUUCCCUGGGCGCCCUUACCACUCUCAAAAGGAAAGAAGCCAUUCCAGAACUUUAUCUCUGCUGAUCUGCCUAAAACUCCAAUUUUCUCCAGCUUUUCCUAUAGAAUCAAUUGGAAAAGUGUAUGACAAGAGUGUACUUUAUUUACCCUCAUAAUGCUAAGUUAUAGUAACUAUAAUAAUCUUUAAUAAUUUUGAAGCCAGUUCUCUGUUAUUUUAAUGCAUGGUUCAAAAAGGUAGAAAUGCACUUUAUUUCAUAUCGUUCCCUGACCAAUUCUCACCCUCACUUUAAGUAUGCUUUCCUUUCACACACACACACACAGAUACACAUAUGCAGGAAAAUAAAUAAAUGUUCAUAAUCUGCUCUUCAAUAGUGAGCCAGUUUUUUCUCUCCCAUGUAUGAGGAAUACAUAGCUUUCUAUUCCUAUGAAGUGUCCAGUAUCCUCCUAUUUCAGAUGCCCAAAAAGUAGCUGAUCCUUAGCUAGUUGUAACAGUUCCAGGUCUCUUCAGUUUAAGUACAGAACUUUCCUAACUGCUUUUUUCAAGGAAGCUGACAGAUGAGAGGGAACGGCCUGAGGCCUGAAUCUUUGCAUCACUACCUCACUGUUUAAAAUAAAGAAAGACAACAUAUGAAAUAAUAUUUAAAAUACUCAUUUAUAAUUUCAUAACCAAAGGACCUGCUUUUAGCUGCUGCUACAUUGGUGUGUGGGAAGAAGAUAAAAGAUCAUUUAUAAGGGGUUUCUUCUUUAUUCCAUGAUGAGAAAAAGAUAAUAGCAGAGGCAAAAGAGAUGAUAUUUGGUGGUUGAAUGAUUGUAAUUUGUAGUCACAGCCCCUCAUAUCUCGAAAUUUUCAUAUCACUCACAUCACAGUGCUCAAGUGAAUUCACAGACCUAUUAAAUAUCUCCUUGAUUUUCCCAGCUGUAAUAGAAGACUAUUAGGCAUGUGAUAUGGAUGGAAAACUGGUUUCUUUAUGCAUGAUAAUUGCAAUCAAUCCAUUGGUAAUGUUUGCAUAUCAUAUUAUGUUAAGAAGGAGUUAAAAGACACAGAAGGAAAAAGUGCUGUCCCCAAGUGGAGAUGCCUGUCACGGAAUCAGAACGGGGAGUGGUGACACAUCUGCUGCACAUUUGAAAGCCCUGAAAUAAGAGUAUGUACGAGGCCCUUUCCAGUGGUAACAUUCUGUGAUUCCUACAAAACCAGAACGAAAUUAUCUGACAUUGAAUCAUCCAUUCAAGGCUAGAUGUACAGCCAGUAAUCCCACAGUCUUGUGUAAAUGGCCCCAGAGGGUAAAUGGGAAUUUCUAGGUGGAUAGAAGGAGCCCCUGGACU